CUUAAAUCAUAAUGACUAUAUAUACUUUUUUUAACAGUAAUUGUUGGUUAAAUUGGAAUACAUCUUUUCUAAGAUUGAUUUUAAAAACUGAAGCAAAAAAGUGCCUUUUGGAAAGGUUUUUUCACUUGUUUCAGAUCCAUGUCUUUAGAACCUGCCAACCGCAAUGAAAUCCUGCGUUCUUCCCAAAAAGACACGGGUUAUAUUGAGGCUUUAACAAAGGACGUGUCGGAUUUGGUGCUUGAACUUUUUGGGCCUGUGAAAUGGUUCAAAUGGAAGCAAUUGAUCGGGCCCUCAGCAGCCUUUUCCUACUUCGCGGCCACCACUUUGUCCAAUUGUCAAACUGUGGGCGAAGAGUACAGUGGUAUCAUUCAAGCUAAUCAAACUUUGGAUGGCCUCCCAAACCUGCUGAAACGCUUUAUUAUGGUUGCAAUUUACUGCUACGGUCCAUUAGGUAUCAAGCUGGGGCUCUCAUUGGCCGAGACCCAAUUUAAAAAAGGCCAAUUUCGAAAAGAGGCGAUUGAUGUUAUCUGCAAAGGAAUCAUGAUGAUUAGAGAUUUGGUUGAUGUCGCUUACCGACUGAAUCUAUCUCUUUUCUUUUUGUUCGGCUCAUUCUAUCAUCUGAGCAAAAGGGUAGUUGGAGUAAGGUACGGAUCGGUUCAGCAUUGGAUGUCUCCCAAGAGCAUCAAAAGUGAUCAAGUUCUCAAAGCGAGUAGCUAUCUUGGGUUUGUUUCUUUGGCUUUAUCGAUAAUGGCCUUGGUAAAGAAAUAUCACUCUCACGGGUUAGGCCAGAGUUCAAGAGAGAUGCCACCAACGCUAUCGUCAGGAUCCUCCACCGUCAAGAAGUGUCCUCUUUGCCUAGAAUUUAGGACCCAUCCAGCAGCCACAAGCUGUGGGCAUAUUUUCUGUUGGACUUGCAUCAUUGAAUGUCUACAAAAGCGACCGGAGUGUCCCUUAUGUCGAAGUGAAGCCCAUCCACAACGAGUUGUCCCUCUUCAAAAUUAUGAAUAACUCUAGAAAUUAAUAAAGUUUAUAAAUUCUUAACAAA